AUGCCGCUGCCGCUGGUGCUGGGCCAGGAGGGGGCCGGGACCGUGCUGGAGGUCGGCGCGGGCACCGACGGCUUCGCCCCGGGCGACCGGGUGGCCUGGGCCGGAUCGACCGGCUCCUACGCCGAGCGGGCCGUGGUGAGAGCCGCGGUGGCGUACAAGGUGCCCGCGACGGCAUCGAUCCCGAACACGCCGCCUCCAUCGGCGUGCAGGGCCUCACCGCCCACUACUGAUCACCGACUGCCCCCGGAUCGGCCCGGCGACCGUGCUUGGUCCACGCCGGCGCGGGCGGCACCGGCCGGCUGA